CAAGAUGGCUCAGCCACACGAACGAGAGUGUGCCGUGUGCACGAAUGACUUCACCACACCAAAGAUUCUACCCUGUGGUCAUCUCCUGUGUCGAGAAUGUGUCAUUUCCUGGAUGGAUUCCAAACCUGAUGCCGGGUGUCCGCUGUGUAGAUGUCCUAUAGUAGAGCAGUCAGAUGGAAGUUCGUCCGACACUGUUGACGCCCUGCCGACAGACUUUGUGAUGGAAGCGCUGGUGGAGAGCGCUCGUGUGCUGAGUAAAGAUCACCUUUGUUGUGUGUGUGAGGACGUCAGGGCGGACUUCAUCUGUAUGCAGUGUCAGGACAUGUUGUGUUCAGCGUGUACAAAGGUUCAUAAAAAGCAAUCUGCGACCCGCAGUCACGAUGUGGAGAGUAUCAGCACUGUGACACCUGAACGUCUGGCUGCCAGCCGCCCUGCACUGUGUGCUGACCACGGCGACAAACACGCGGAGUUCUUCUGCCGCGAGCACCGCCUCGCUGUCUGCUCAGCCUGUAAGGCUAACAAACACAAAGUAUGCCUGGAAACAAACUAUCUUAACGAUGAAAUAAAGUCAGUUCAAAACUCACUUACCGACCUAACAAAAAAUCUGGUAGAAGCGGAGCAGAAGCUAGAGCAGGCUAUAGGUCAGGUGACGUCACAUCUACAGGAAGUGGAUGUCAGCGAACAAGAAGACAUGGAGCAGGUCGACAAGGUGUGUAACCGUCUUCACAAGUUGGUGGAAGAUUUUUGUAACAAGUUGAAGGACAAGUGUCGCAAGCAACAUCUCAAAAUCAGGAAGUCGCUAUGUGACGUCAAGACUGGCCUUAGCAACCGUCUAGGGAAGGUGACGUCACACAAACACAUUGUGACGCGAGCGGUGGCCGUGUCACCACGUCCUGCACUGAUACACAUGACACAGGCUCUGACAGACAGGGUCAACAGCCUUGACCUGAGCACUGACCUGCAAGGAGACGUGUGGGAGAAGCCCUUGUCAAGUGUAGAGUGCUGUCAAGAAGUUGUGAGACGGAUACAAGAAGAGCUCCUGAUGUUGAAGCAGAUGACAGAGUCAGAGCCACCAGUCUUUGUGUUCCACGGAAACUGCGGAAAAAACAUUUGUCUGACGAACGGUAACAGGACCGCGGAGAAGAUAAAGCUGAAUAUCUCCGGUAACGGGGUGGUCGUGUCACGUGACCCUAUGUUAGCGAACGUCUUGUAUGAAGUCAGAGUGGACUCAGUAACAGGUGGGAACAACGAGCUAUUAUUGGGUGUGACAAGAAUUUCUCCUGCAGGCCUUACUGUCACAAAGUGGUCUGAAGACCUGAAAGACUCCGUUAUCAUCGCGCCCGAUUGGGUCUUCCACCAUCGACAACGUGUGCCGAUACCGUUCGCAAAAGAACUCGAGAGACUUAAAGUCGGGAGUCGAGUCGGGGUACUGGUGACCUCAUCCAACGACCUUCACCUCUACAUCAACGGACGGGACCAGGGCGUUGUAGCAAAAAAUGUUAGACAACCCUGGUUUGCUGUCUUUAAUAUUGGCAGUUCAGUUAGUAAGGUGACAGCCCUUCCUACAUCUGGCAGAACAUAAAGAAUAUCAGAGAACAAGAAGGCUGAGACAAUAAAACAAGAAUAUUUUUGUGAUCGAGGAUGACAGUAACCUGGGCGUUGACAUUACCAAUGAGAGUUCCAGUGAAUUUGUUUUGUUAACCUGAUUGGUAUCCAAAACAAGACGAGUACACAUUGUAUCUGUGUAGGAUUUUUUCCAGUUGAAAGACAUUAGCAAAUAAAAAAAGAGCUGGAUGAGCUGCCUUCUCCCCACCCACACACACACAUAAAGAAAAGAGAGAAAACAACUUCUUAGCAUGAAGAGAAGUUGGAUCAUAUAUUAUUUAAGCAAAUAUAAUAUAUUGUGCAAACACUACGACAGUAUAUACAUAAGUGCUGCUGUCAAUUAGUUACUUGUUAAAUACCUGGAAUAUACCUUUGGUUUUUUGGUUUGUUCAAUAAUUUUAAAAAGGCUGUUCAUAAAUUUUCUCUGUUUCAUCGCUCGCAUCACUGUAAUUCUGCAUCAUUUGACAAUGAAGUGGAUAUUGAGAUUGCUGUACGUUCAGACCUGUACGAACAUCGAGAAUCUGAAGAUUAGACUGUGUCAGUGUCACAAACCUGCUGCGAUGUAUUUUUUUAAAUGUUUUCUUUUAAAUUAGUAAUUGUCUGGGUGAGGUGGUAAAGACAGCUAUCACUGGGGCUGUUAGUGUCAACAGUCUGAGGCGUGCCGCGCUAUACAGGGAUGGCCGGCUGAUCUGUGUUUAAUUAAGUUUGUGUUGAUAGGUUGUUUGUUGGAAGAACAAUGGAAAGAGUGUAGUAUUGUUUGGGAUUUGUGUGGUGUGACUGGGUUUUUUCCUUUACGGGAGCGGGGAGAAGUACAGUGUCCUUUGUCAGUGCGUCCAGAGCGGACGGUUUUUCUAUUGUCAACAAGUCUUGAACGACUUGUGGUGUAGUCCUGACUGGACUGAACGAAUCCCGACAAGAUUUGUAUCUUUAAAUCCUUAUUAACAUUGAACCUGUUGAGGUUUUCUUUUGGAUUUUUUCUUUUGGAUUUCUAUUUUGUUUUGUGUUUUUCUCUUCUGUUUGUGCCUAUUCUUCGUAUCCACCUGGGGUUCACCGACCUACACUGAGUUGGAUAUAACUUCAAGAAGUGAAAACUUUGUGUACUUUUCACGUGGAUAUAUUGUGUAUGUUAGAAGUGAAAACAUUGAGCUGUUUCAAGUGAGACUUUGUGAGGAACUGUACUGUCGGCAAGAAGAUUGAAUAUUUUUGAGACAUUGGAAGCAACGUGUGUUCGAACUGUCUGUUGGAAAAUUUGGACUGGUUUUGUUUCUGUAUUUUAAAUUAUAUUAUUUUUAAAAUUUUAA